AUGGCUACGGAAAAAUCCCCGAAGGCCAUCAAGCUUGAUGAUAUUGACAGGCCCGAGAGUCAAAGAACACUUACCCCUUCGUACAAACCUAGCGAAGCAGGUAUGAAGACUACGGACGAAGAAGCUGCAGCCAGCACAACCGAUAACGACAAUAAAGGCGAGGCUUCCGAUGUUACGGCAGAUGAUCCGAAUGCUAUCAACUGGAACGGCCCUGACGACCCAGAGAACCCCAUGAAUUGGGCCCCUCGAAAGAAAUGGAUCUGCAUCGGUGCUUUGUCCGUCAUGACGCUAUUAACGCCUCUUGGUUCUUCAAUGUUUGCACCCGGUGUGCCCGAUAUCAUGCAAGAAUUCAAAGAAUUCAACUCGAGCAUCGCAACAUUUGUUGUAUCAGUAUAUGUUCUCGGAUUCGCCUUUGGUCCCCUCCUCGCAGCCCCUCUUAGCGAAAUCUACGGCCGAGCCAUUGUUUUCAAUGUCGCCAAUGUUCUCUUCAUCAUUAUGACAGUAGCAACUGCACUUAGUACGAACAUGCCGAUGCUGAUCGUAUUCCGAUUCAUGAUGGGAUUCACGGGAUCUACGCCUGUCACCAACGGAAGCGGGACGAUAUCCGACAUGUUUCCCGUCGAGGAGCGUGGCAAGGCCAUGGCUGUGUGGGCUAUGGGUCCGUUGCUGGGGCCUUGCGUUGGGCCGCUGGCAGGAGGUUACAUGAUCGAGGCUCUGGGAUGGCGAUGGGUCUUUUGGGUGAUUGCAAUUUUUGCAGGAGCCAUCUCAAUUCUUUGCUACUUCGCCGCUCCCGAGACUUACCACCCGACUUUACUUCGAAACAGAGUCAAGAAGCUCAAGAAGGAGACUGGAAAUGAUAGCCUCUAUUCCGUACUGGACCAAGACGGUCUCACAAAGCAGAAACGACUCGAGCACGCCAUCGUCCGACCAAUGAAGAUGUUGUUCACUCAACUACCCGUCUUCACUCUAUCUCUCUACGUCGCCGUAGUUUACGGAGUCUUAUACCUCAUGUUCAGCACAUUCACGUUCGUCUUUGCUCAGCAGUAUGGUUUCGGCACAGGCACCAUCGGUCUUGCAUACAUACCAACCGGCGUCGGCAUGCUUCUCGGCACCAUCACUUUUGGUAUCAUCACAGAUAUCAUCAUCAAGAGAAAGAUUGCUCAAAAUGGACAGGCUGUGCCUGAGGACCGUAUGCCAAUAUGGCUCACCGCCCCAUGUGGAUUGCUGAUCGUGGUAUCUCUUUUCUGGUACGGAUGGUCAGCUGAAAGGAACGCCCAUUGGAUUGUACCGAUGAUUGGUGUUGCGCUGUUCUGCUUUGGUCUCAUGGGCAUCAUGAUGUGUCUUCAAACAUAUCUUAUUGAUGCCUACAUAUCAUACGCGGCCUCUGUAGUCGCAGCUGUUACAGUUCUUCGAUCUCUGGCUGGUGCUAUGCUUCCCCUUGCUGGCUUGUCCAUGUAUGAUGACCUUGGGCUGGGUUGGGGUAACAGCAUCUUGGCCUUCCUCUCGUUGGUCUUGGUGCCAGUUCCUAUCAUCUUCCAAAUCUUCGGAUCUAGGAUCCGCGCGAAAUGCCCCGAUAACCUAUAA